AUCAUUUCCUCUCUGUUCACUCUCUCAGACUCUUGAGCUGUCACUUCACUCGCUUUGCACUCACUGCCCUGUUCUCCUGUUUCUUUCCUUCUUUCUCUCUCUUUCUCCCUUCUUCUUAUACACUUUUGGACAUCAUUGAGCGCGCGCAGCCAUUGGAGAAUUUAAUUGAAUCUGGACAGCGGCAGUGAUGCUCAGUUCGGCGCCUCACGUGCACCAGUGAUUCUUCCUCCUCCUCUUCCUCACCAUCAUCCUCAGUUGAAAUUUUCGGAGUUGAGUCCGCGUGCACUUGGCGCACAGAAGCUUCACAGACAUGCACGCUGUAGUGCUCGCGACGGUGUUAGGAGUGGUGGGAGUUUUCUCAGCUAAGGAAGUGUGUAAGUCAGGCAAAUACACCACCAGCGGAGAGUGCUGCAAACAGUGUCCACCAGGUGAGGGAGUGGUCCAGCCAUGUGGAGGGACACAAACAGUGUGUCAACCGUGCCUUGACAGUGAGAUGUUCUCUGAGAACUUCAGCCACACGGAGAAAUGCAUGCCAUGCACCCAGUGUACCGGGCUGUUACGAAUGAACACGCCAUGCACAGAUGCCAACGACGCCACCUGUGUGUGCGACUACGGCUACUUCAUGUCCUAUCUAACUGGGGAGUGCCAUGUGUGUACAACGUGUCCGGUGGGCAGCGGCGUACUGAGACGCUGCGACCACAAGCAGGACACUGUAUGCGAAACGUGCACGGACGAUACGUACUCGGACCAGGAGAGCGAGCUGAACUUAUGCCUGCCAUGCACCAUCUGCGAGGAUACCGAGGAGCUCGUGCACUGCACCGCUAACAGCGAUACCAUUUGCAAAGAUCCAAACAUUCUGAAUGCUUCAAGCACGCCACUUUUUGAUCUGGAGCCGUCAGAGUCACCGAUCGACUUUACCAACUUUCCUUUAGAAGUGCUACCAGAAUCGACGGAGAGCAUGCCAACCUCUGACCCCGAAACCAAGAAACUGGGUCUGGGCCUGGGCGAUAACCUCAUUCCCCUGUACGCCUCAAUUGUACCUGCUGUGCUGCUCGGCCUUGUCGCCUUUAUCGUUAUCAAAAGGUGGAAGAGCUGCAAACACAACAAACAGGAUGGAAAUCGGUCAGGGACGGAGAACCCGAGCCAGACGCCAUCGCCUGAGGGAGAGAAACUGCACAGUGACAGUGGCAUCUCUGUAGACAGCCAAAGCUUACAGGAGGGACAAGGCCUGCCACACACAGUGGUGAAGAUCGACGGAGGCCUGAGUUUGCCCCUGCACGCUUGUGAAGAGCUUGAGAAGCUCUUAGAUGACGAGGGACCGCUGGAAAAAGACUGGUCCAGCCUGGCCGGAUUGCGGUACGAAGAAGACCGCAUCGCUUCUUUCGGCAAGGAGGAGCGGCCGGUCCGAGCGUUGCUGAGCGACUGGGCGAGUCACGAUUCGGCCAGCGUUGACACACUGUGCGCCGCACUCAAAAAAAUCAACCGGGAAGAUCUGGCUCAGAACAUCAUGCCUAAGUCUACGGCUACCUCUGUCGUCUGAGGAAACACGCUCCCCUGCUCACCAAGCCACACCCCCUACUACCACAUGCUUUAGUACCGCAACACACGGUCCACCCGUGCUCAUUUCCAACCUUAACGCCGUUACGAUACCCAGACCGACUAGCGUUGCCGAAGCUUCCGCGUUCACACAGCGAUUUCAAUUCUUUCCCACUCAACACCGAUUGAUAAUUAAUAGCAAAAAAAUGGGCGGAGGAAAUGAAAACAGUUUUCCCACUGCAAAAUACUUCAGAGGACCUAGAUUUUUGCAUGUUCUUUAUAACUAUCAUGAUGAAUUCGGUUUCAUUAAACAGCACGGCGUCCAGCAUCAUCAUUCAGCGGCAACGCUUAAGCGCAUGCUAACGUCGCACUUUUAAAUUUCCUGGAAAUUAUGAUUUGAUCGAUGCCAUUGGGGGAUACGCCGUUACCCCCAAUGGUGCUCCAGUGCUCAGAGUUUAGCAAGGCUGUGUGAACGCAGCAUGACAAAGCUUCAGGACACAAAUCCGUCCUGGUCUGUACUGCUAAUGCGAUUCUAAUCUUUAGCUCUGGCGCACUAAUCAAAAAUUCAAUUAAUCCGUUGUUUCCGUCUUCACUUACAGCCAAAAUAAAACGUUGAGGAGUACGCGAGCGAAUAACUAAGCCAUAUUUCCCUAAGGUAGAGUGAGCGAGAAAGAGGGAGAGAGACUGCUACCACUGAAACCCGCGCAAUGAACCUGAAAGGAGAAAGUGAAGCGUCAGAUAAAGAGAUUUAUUGAUGCUGUGUUGAAAGAAAAAGAGAAAAUAUGAUUUAUGCUAAGAAUGUGUGUUAUUGCUAACAGACUUUUACUUUUUUUUGUAUUGUAUAGUUAUAUUUUUCCUCAUGAUUUAUGGGUUAGCACGGCGAUAGCUUGUUGUCGUUGUCAUGACAAGCUUCGGUUGUCGUUUGUUGACCCUUUUUGUCACCAGAACUAUCUGUUGCUUCAGUAACCGUUUUUAUCGUAGGAACCAUGUUGCUGUUGCCACACGAUACCUUUUUGCUAACUCUCUUUGUCGCCAUAGCAAACCCUGCUGUCAUGAUACCUUUGUUGUCAACAACAGUUGUCAACUGUCUUUGUUGCCAUAGCAACCCGGAUGUCACGAUAACAUAACAUUGUUGUUCACUGUUGCGAUUGUUACACUUUGUUGCUAUGGUAAUUUGUUUAGAUUGUUCUUCACUCUUUUUUCAUAAAAACUGUUUGUUGCCUUGUUAACUGAUUUUCAUCUGGAUAACUUUUAACAUUUUUAUCGCCAUGGUACCAUUUUUCUUUGUUACUAAAGUUGUUCCAAUCAUUUUUUAUUUGUUGCCACAGUAACUGUUGCCACGGUAACUUUUGCGUUAACCUUACGUUUCCAAUCGAUUCCUUUGUGCCUUGGUAUGUCUUCACUAUUUCUUUUUACUGCUUUUUUUUAACGCUAACUUCCUUACUUGCCAUGGUAACGCUUUGUGACAAUGGGAGCUUUAGCUCUUUCCACCAAAGUUGGAACAUUUGUUAUUUUUUGCCAAAACAUUCGUUAAUUACUGACAAGCAGAUAUUUAAUUUAAUUAUCCCUUUUUUUUUUUUUUUGAUUUUGUGGCUUUUUAUUUUUUAUUUUGGGAAAAAAAAAAAUCUGGUAGUUUGAAGUGAAGCAUGAGAACCCAACGGACUGAUGAGAAAGAUUUGACGUCCUGGUGAUCGUGUUGAAACGCAGGGAGACUCGGUGUACCGCUGUUGUUUUUGUGGAACAGGAAGGUAAGCUGAUCUCAGUCCUUACCUGGCCAGGGUCAUCACCAUGACAAAAGAGCUCGGUCAAACCAUCAUGACCCAGAUUAGCCAUCACCCCCACACACAAACACACACAGAGGAGGCAACCCGGUACCCCAUUGAACAGUUCAGGAUAACUAAAACCACAUGAUUAAAAUGAAGGCUGUAAUAAGUGCGAGAAACAGGACACCGCAGAAGCUGCACACAGUGAGCACUGCUUUUACACGAGCUACAAACAGCACAACACGCAGAACAUCACUGCCUUGUCGUUCCUCAGGCGUUCAGACCUGAUCUGAAAUUGAAAUGUCCAUUAGCCGAGACAGUUGAGGUGUGUGAAGUGAAGUUUGUUGAUGUGGUUUCGAACACAAGGCCGUAGCAGGAUAUUGCGAAGCCGUUCCACAUUUAGUCCCCAUUUGCUGUUUUCAUAACCUUCUAGAAAGACGUUUCACUAGGUUUUGGAGUGUGGAGAUUUGUGUGAGGUCAGGUUCUGAUGUAGGUGAGAAGAUAGCAGGGGAUCUUCCACUAUAACCUAUGUAAAAGCUCAUAGUUCAUAGAGCUUCCAAAGACGUCCUAUAAUUUUGUGGAAGAACCAGCUGGAAAAGUUUAAUGUUUAAUGUUUAAAAAGUCCACCUUGAACAGACGUUCUCAGGCCUGAGGAUUACUUGAACAAUCACAUUGUAUGUGAAAGCACCUUGAAACAUUGAAUAGGUUUGGUUUAUUAGCAACAUUAGUCCCUUAGACCACCAUAAACCACCACAACCAUCUACAUUUGGAGCAUGUUUCCUUCCAGCCUUUGCAGUUUCUCUGACUCUAAUGACUCUGGACAGGUUGAUGAGUCUGUGUGUUACUAAUAAGCGAACUGGAAAAAAAAAAAAAGAUACAGAUAUCCAGAGGCAGAACAUUAUCUUGAGGUUUUACCCCGGUGACACUUUUAAACCUUUUAAAACGUCACACCCGUCGUCCACUGGAAAGCUUUGAGGCAUCUGCGAACGAGGAUUUAUUGAGUUAACAUGAAGUUGAAAAGACGUUUGGGUUCGAGCGGGGCUUUUGAUGACGGAUUGAAGAUGACAGGAGGCCGGUGUUCAGGGUCGAGGUCGUACGGUUCUCUUUUGAUUCUGACAGUGUGGAACGACCAGCCGUAAAUCCUCAGGAGACAGUCGGGGCAGAAGCGAUGAACUGGUCUGGCCUUGUGCUUUUUAUUUGAUUCGAAUUAUCUUUCGAAAUCAUCGGCAUGCUAAAAAUUCGCUUGGUUCUUAUCAAAAUGCACGAGAAGUCUAACGUAGCUGACAGGAAAGAGUCAUAAGCCUCGUUUCCCAAUCCUUCAAUAGUCAUGAAGGAAUCGUGUAGGAUUCGUCAGCCAUUUUUGUUUGUGAACCAAAGCAAUCUUUAGGCUGAAAUGCUCUGAGAUACCAAGUUAAUCCAAGGAAUCCAACUGGGAUGCUAAAUAUAAAUCAGAUAAAAAUACUCAUGAGGUACCAAAAACAAUUAGCAUGGAAUACUUUGAGAUGCUAAAAAUAAGCUAGCAAGGAAUACCCUGAAAUACUAAUAAUAAAACCAAGCAAAAAUACCAGACAGGACCAAACUCCAAGAUACUACUAAUAAAAAAAUACGGAAUACUCUACGUUAAAAAAAUAAAAAAUAAAUAAUUGACAUGAAUCAAACAAAUUAAAAAGGAAUACCCUGAGAUACUUACAUUUAUACAGAGCAUUUAUCUCAUUCAUAAAACUGUGCACCUAUGAAAUUUAUGGAACUGUUUAAGGGCCUUGCUUAGGGGCCCAGGAAUGGCAACUUAGUGGGGCUGGAAUUUGAACUCAUGACGUUUCAAAGAGCCGGAAAGUAAAUAAACAGGAAAAAAUGUAUUUACAGUGCAUUAUGGAAAUGGCCAUUCCUUCGCUCAGGCUUUACUUCUAUAAAAAAAGAUGUCUACAUGGAAAAAAUGUAUUUGAAUUUUCCAGAACCCAGGGUAGUGGAAAAGUGGGUGUGGUCAGUGUUGAGUUCGAUGUCAUCGAUUUACCCAUAUCAACAGAGCUAAUAGCUAAUGUAUUUCUGUCGCACAUAGUAUAUGCAUUUAUCCAGCAAUUUAUCUGCCUUUCUGAUCGGUAACCUGAGUAACUAGCAUGCUAGCUCCUGGCAAUAAAAAACGCUAACAUGCACAUUCCAUCACAUAGCUAACAACUCGCAGGAUUCGCCUUUAUGAAUCCAAGAUGGCCGACCUUCCACAGGGGGUAGCGUUCCAGUUCUGAGCUACACAGUAAAUUUGAUGUUUGAGGAUAACAGGACGUCCUACUGUGUCCUAAACCACAUCAGCAAGCCGACUUUUCUUGCGUGGUAGCCUUGUAAAAAUAUGUAGUGAUAUUUCGCAAAUCCAGGGACCGCACACACGGCAAAGACUUUACGAUAUUUUUUGGACUAAUAAUGUUGUAAAUGAUGCCAACACACUGUAUAAACCUCUCACUUGUAAUGAAGGUGUUCCCUUUUCUUUCUUCGAGGGAGUUUUCUCAUUUCCUAUUCAGAAGUGUAAGUAGGCUUUGAUUUUAUUAUUUUUUUAACUGUUAAUAAUGAUUUUUUUUUAUUUGUACAAUAGUUAUUAUUUUCUAUUUUUACAAGAAUAAGGUGAAGCACUUAUAAAACUAUAUUGAGUCUCACAAGUGCCUGAAAGAAGCAUCAGGUUUGUUUAUAUUUUAUGUUGCAAAAAAAUUUGUUGUUUUGUCCAUUUUUUUUCACUUUGACAUUCACGAUUUCAACGAAUAACCGCCUCGAUUUCUCAAACAACAGAAACCACUGAUUCAAGGAGCUUACAUCGACCACAUCAAAACAAAAAAAUCACGGUUUUAUUUACGCGCUAUGAACUUUGUAAUGUUAACAAAACUAACCGGCUAUUUCAGUACAACGCAGCAGUAGUCUGACACACCCCAGCUAACUCUUUACUAAUAUUAACAAAUAUGUCCUGGUUUGCUAGCUAGGGAUUAUCGGACGCUAAGAAUUAUAUCACAACCUAUGAAGACUUCGAACAGAUGCUACCUAAUGCAAAAUGGUCAUGUCAAACGAAUCGUUUUGAUUGGUUAAAAUUGUAUUAAGAGCCCUGCCUCUUGUUGAUUGAAAGAGUUCUAUCAUUCUGCAAAAACUGCAAUUAAUCCUCGAUUCUUUUCCGUCAUCUUGUUUUUGGCGAUCAUUCACCAUGUAGUUGUCUAUGUUUGUCAUUUACUGAGGGGAAAAAAAUGGACACGCUGCUUUCCGACAAAAGCUUGUCUGUGGAUGUCAUGUGCAGGUCCUGGUAUCACAGACUUGAGUCAAAAAAAAAAAAAAGAUCAUGUACUUAUUUGAGUUGCAUGAUGGAGAUGAAGGAGCCAAAGAAGGAGACGCCAGUUGGCUUGUGGGUAAUUUAUCCAGAAGGGGGCGGAAAUAUUGUACAAAACUCUUGUACUCUUGUAGUGUUUCCUUGUAUUUACUUCCAUGUAUCAUAUAAAUGUGAAUUUGCUAGAAUUCUGGAAUAGGACAGAAUGAAAAAACAUGAGUAAAUGAGAUAUGAAAUAAACAAAUUUGAGUUGCAACAACAUA